AUUCAUAAAAAGUGGGAAGUGGGAAUAAAAAUAAAAAAUAUUUUGGGGCCUGAAACUUCAACGCAAUUGUCACUGGAACUGGUGCUUUAACAUCAAAAAAUUCUGCUACAACUGUUCGGCAGGAUGACGAGCGUUCAGAACCCGUUCGCAGCACUGCUGCAAGAGGGCAGUGCGACGGCCGAUGGCGUGUCACACAAAUUAGUCGAGGAGAUUCUGCUGUUUACGCUGAAUAAGGAAGGCGGCGGCCAGCAGUCUCUGGCCUGCCUGGCUGACGUGGUCGUGGAAACCAGCGAGGAGAGGCUCGGCGAGGAUCUGGUGGCCCACGCCCUGUUCGAGCGACUGAUGCUGAGCGACACCUCCGACUGCCUGCUGGCUGGUGGCGGUGGCAAAGGCAGUGGCGAGGCGUGGGAGCCGCACGCCAUCACUUAUCUGCAUGGAGCGUUUGUCAGGUGUCAGCGUAUGGAGGGCGCCAAGAAGGCGGGCAGUGCCAAGAUCCAGGAACUGAUUUUGAACAAUGCCAGCACCUGCAUGCGCCAGCCGGAUCUGUUUGCGCCCCAAUCCUUUGCCUCUCAGUGGCUGGAGCUGUUCGAGCAGGCGAGUGAGCAUGAAACCAGCACCCAGGAGUUUCUGGUCCUUGUGGCCUGCAAGGUGGUCGAGGAGGAUGAGCCGAUCGAAGCUCUCGGUGCCCUAAAGGCCAUAUUCUAUCCAUUGCUGACGGAGCUGCAGAAGCGCAUUGCCAAGGAGAACUUGAUAACGAUAAAGAAGAAUAUCUUCUGGGUUCUGGGCUUCUUUGUGAAGGACAAACGGGCAGCUGUGCUGGGGGAGAUCCUGAUUGACUACACCACACCCAAUCCCAAGGCAAAGGGCGGCGAGUACAUGGACACACUUCUGGGCCACCUGCUGUGCAUAUCGAUCCUGCCCAAGACCCAGACCGGCAAAUACGAGUUCUUCCAGCAGUUGUCGUUGAAUCAAACGGACCCUGCCCUCUGGGGCCUGCUGUCGCAUCAUCAGCAAUCGACUUUUCAGCUCGUCAAGCAGCUGCUCGUCCUGUCGCCCGAAACCAAGAGGAAGACCCUGCAGUGGAUCGCCAACUGCCUGGAUGCGAAUGUGUCGCGUGGCCAUCUCUGGAGCAGCAUGAACUUGAACCUCGAGCAGACGAUGUACAGCACAGCCAGCGAUGCUUUUAUGACCAGCCUCUGUGCGGUUCUCACGCGUCUUUGCUCGCCCCUCUGUGUGCCCUCGCUGAAGGUGCUGCUGGUGGAUCCCACGUACUGUGCUGUGGCCGACAAGGAUCGCCAGGCGAAGGGUGUGAGCCUGCUCAAGGCGCACGAUGAGACCUGUCUGCUGCCCACCGUCGAGGGCGAGGAGCGACUGACAGCUGAGAAAUAUAACUUUGUCACCGAGAUCUUUUACAUGACCCACAAAUGCUUCGAGCUGGCGAAUCGCCCCUGCAUUGAGCGACUCGGUCGCGUGAUGCGCGAACUGCAGAACACCCAGACGGCCUACGAGGAUGUCCUACGCAGUGACCCGAACAACGAUCUGACCAAGAAUCUGUUCCGCAUGCUGGUGGAACAAAUGCAGCAGGUGCUGUCCAUCAGGAACACCCUUUCGGAGCCCACAAACGACACCGAAAUGCUCAAGUUCUUGGAGGCAUCGGCCAUUUGGCUUACAGAGGUGGCCCUGAUGCCGCGCGAGAGCUACGAGCAGGCGCUGGACAAGCGCGACUUUGCCCCGCAGAUCCAUCGGAAUCUGGAACUGCUCUCGGACACGCCACCCUUCGUGGCACCCUACAUGCAGUCGGUGCCGGAGAGCAUCAUUGACAAUAUUUCGGCCUACUUGAAUUUCUGCCGCCGCUUGAAUGGCGAUCAGUUCAUACACAUCUAUUACUCGGCCCACGACGCCUUCUUCAAGAUGAUACUGCUGUUCAUGGGCAGCUCCGGCCUGGUCAAGAAUCCCCAUUUGCGGGCGAAGCUGGCGGAGGCCCUGGAGUUUCUGCUGCCCACGCAAAUCGUCAACAGCAAUCGGCAGACGUUCGUGACGCAUGUCUUUGACAACCAUCCGGAUCGCUUGAAGGUGGUGCGCAGUCUGCUGAAUGUCUUUGUCAGCAUCGAGAUGACCGGCCAGUCGGUGCAGUUCGAGCAAAAGUUCAACUAUCGCCGACCCAUGUAUGCCAUCAUGGAGUUCCUCUGGACGAAGCCGGAGCAUGUGCAAUGCUUUCGGGAGCUGGCCAUCGAGGCGGAGGAGAAUAUGGAGGCGAUUGAGCCUCCCAUAUUCUUGCGCUUCAUCAAUCUGCUGAUCAACGAUGCCAUCUUUCUGCUGGACGAGUCGCUGUCCAAUCUGGAGCAGAUCAAGCAGCUGCAGCAGGCGCAGGACAAUGGCGAGUGGAACAGUCUCUCGCAAAAUGAACGCCAGCAGCAGGUCACCAAUCUGCAUCACCUGGGCAUGCUGGCACGAUUCGACAACAUACUGGGACGGGACACCAUCAAUCUGCUGAAGCUCCUCACCACGGAGAUCAAGAGCAUAUUCUGCCACAACAGCAUGGUGGAUCGCAUUGCGGCCAUGCUGAACUACUUUCUGUUGCAUUUGGUGGGGCCGCGCAAGGAGCGCUUCAAGGUCAAGGACAAGAAGGAGUUUGACUUUGAUCCGGCACAGACGGUGCUGGAAAUCUCGCACAUCUACAUCAAUCUGAGCACCGACGACAGCUUCUGUCUGGCCGUCUCCCAGGACGGUCGCUCCUACAGCGACCAGCUCUUUGGCUUCGCCGAGAACAUUCUCAUACGCAUCGGCGGCGGCCAGCUGAUCGGCGACGUGUCCGAGUUUGCGGCCAAGGUCAAGAAAAUGGGGGACGCGUACAAGGAGGAGCAAGAGCUGCUGGCCGAUGCCCCCGAAGAGUAUCUGGAUCCGAUUAUAUCCAGCCUGAUGACAGAUCCCGUCAUUCUGCCCAGCUCAAAGGUCACCGUCGAUCGUUCCACCAUCGCGCGCCACCUGCUCAGCGAUCAGACGGACCCGUUCAAUCGUGAGCCCCUUACCAUGGACAAAGUGAAGUCCAAUGUGGCCCUCAAGCAGGAGAUUGACCAAUGGAUCGAGGGCAAGCGCAGUGCGGCACGCUGCAAGAGCUGAACGCAAUAUUCCAACUAGAUAAAAGUGCAGGCACAACCAAAGAGUGUGCUCGCUCCAAGGGGACAAGGGGACAGGACAGGACAGGAUCGGGCUAUAGUCAAUGUUAAAUAUUUCCCAUAAGAUACGAUUAUGUAAUUCCAUUAUUCGCACACAUUCUCGUCGUGUGUGUGUGUCGUGUGUCUGUGUGUAUGUUAAUCUGUGUACAGUUUAGUGGUUCUUGAAAUUUUAAUUAUUAUUCGCUUUUCUCUCACUUCUUUUCGGUUGCAUAAAUGUUUCUAUAAUCCCAAGAACUCUA